AUGGCCGACCGCGCGGCCCCAACACCGGUAGCAAUGCUAAUCGGCACCGCCAUCGUCGCCGCACUAACAGGCUACAUGAUCGGGAUCGCCUCAUCGCUAGGCUUCUUCCCGAUCCCCUUCCAGAACGCACCACCUAAAAAGCGCGGCUUGGAGCACUACGAUGAUGAAGAGGAGAGUGAGGAGGAGGAUAUUGAGGAGUCGUUGUUGGAUCAUGCGCCGAAUUGGGCGAAUGGGGUGGAGGCUGAUAGGAGGGAUGGGUUGAAAGUACAGAGGGAGGGGGAUGGGAAGGGGAGUGGGAAGGGAAAUGGGAAGGUUAAGGUUGAGAAGGAGGAUGGUGAGGAAGAGGGGAAGGGGUGGACGAGUAAGGAGGAGUAUAAAAUGGUUCUAGUCGUGCGAACAGAUCUAGGAAUGACGAAGGGUAUGUUUCUCUUCCCUUCCAUCCCCUUUCCCCCCUCCCCCAUUCAAGCACAUAACAUACUAACAACCCCCAGGUAAAAUCGCCGCUCAAUGCGGCCACGCAACCCUAGCAUGCUACAAAUCCAACCUCCGGAAAAAUCCCCAAGCCCUCAAAGUGUGGGAGAAUGGCGGACAGGCUAAGAUCGCGGUGCAGGUCAAGAGCGAGGAGGAAUUGUUGACGUUACAGGCUAUGGCAAAGAGUCUGGGGAUCACGGCGGAGGUUAUUCAUGAUGCGGGAAGGACCCAGAUUGCGAGUGGGAGUGCGACGGUGCUGGGUGUGGGACCGGCGCCGAGGAGUUUGGUUGAUGGGGUUACGGGGGGGUUGAAGUUGUUGUAGGGGGGUUGGGACGGAGGAGGAUAAUUGAUAAUAGAGGGGAGGAGGUGCUGGGGCUUAGUGAGUCGUGGAGGAAGGCAGAUAUGGUCGAUUCACAUUCGAUACCGAACUCCAUGGGGACAAAAACGAAUAGUGUUAGCUCAAUGCUUACGCCUCCUCGAUAAAAGAGAAAUACGUAAGAGCACACAAGUGCUAGAAGGAACAGGGGCAUGGAUGGGAAACAUAUAUCGGUAGACCAAGGUCAUUCCUGUUGAAAGCGCCACACUCCCAGUGGGCGAAUUGUACAUACAUAUCCAUCAUCCAUUGGGUAUAUCUUACCAUGCGGGGUUUUACUCGGCAAGAAUAUCAGAUACUUACUUACCUUGCU